AUGGCGUCGGGCCCAACUUACACGGCAACGUUGCCAGUCAGUAAUCCGACAGCUUCGUUUUGGCAAUCUGAACCAGAUUCAGUUAUAAGCAACCAUCAGUCUGCUUCUAGCCAUGGACUUCCCACCUCAGCAGAUGUGGUCAUCAUCGGAGCUGGUAUUUCUGGUGCUUUUAUUGCCCACCGACUGCUCACAGAUCAGUCACCCAAUAGACCAAAGUCCGUAUUGAUGCUCGAAGCCCGAGCCGCGGUAAGUGGCGCUACGGGUAGGAAUGGCGGACACAUCAAACCUGAUUGCUAUCGGGGGUUUACCGCAUACUCCAAGUUACAUGGCCCCGAGGUAGCUGUGGCACAAUGCACAUUCGAAGCGGUUAACCACCGCGAAACUUUGGCAUACAUCCGAGAAAAUGGCCUUGAUGAUGAGAUAGACCUCAUCGAAUAUCGGUCCGCGGAUGUGUAUUUGACGGAAAACACCUGGAAAGCAGGACUCGCAUCUUACAACGGCUUCAAGGAAGCUGGAGGCGACGUCUCCGAAAUCACGGUUUUGCCAAAGGCUGAAGCUGAAGAAAAGCUUCGCAUCAAGAGUUGCUUUGGCGCCAUCACGUUUCCUGCUUCAAGUCUCUGGCCGUAUAAGCUGGCCAUGGCCUUGAUACGAGAGUCUCUCGAGAGUGGCCUUCAGCUUGAGGCCAACACUCCAGUGCUGAAAGUUUCUCGAGCCGACAGUGAGCAUGAUAGUUGGACUGUCGCGACUAGUCGCGGCAAUAUCAUUGCCAAUAAGGUGAUACACGCCACUAACGGGUAUGCUUCUCAUCUACUGCCGGAACUUGAUGGGCGCAUCAUUCCCCUUAAGGGUCAUGUUGCGGCUAUCGCGCCUCCGCCCGCAUACGUCGACUUGCCGCUGUCAACUUCUUUUGCUUUCGUGUCCGAUGAAAACUACGACUAUCUCAUACAACGUCCCGGUCCGCAGAAGUACCUGAUCUGGGGUGGAGGAGAAGGCGCACAUCCGAACGGGCCUGAAGGCGGCUACGGAGACUGCGAUGACUCCUUUGCCGUUACCGAGGUGCUUGACUUCAUCAAAAAAGGGCCAUCUCGGACUUUCAAGGGCUGGCAGGAGUCUCUCGAAAGCCCAAGUUCUGGGGUCAGAGAUUCUGUUCCAUUUGCUUGGAGCGGCAUCAUGGGGCUCAGCAAGGACUUGUUGCCUUUCAUAGGAGAGCUGCCUGGCAAGCCUGGCCAAUACCUCAUCGGUGGCUAUCACGGUCAUGGCAUGGCCCGCGUAUUCCUGUCAACAAAGGCCUUCUGCGACCUUUUCCUCGGACAAGCAAUUGACCCGCGCGUUCCAUCGCCUUACUUUGAUCUAGAGUCUAGGCUUAGAGAGCCUGUUGACAUGUCCAAAGUGGGGGACAUCUUGUAG